AUGCUAAGACAUUUUGAGAACAAGCUUAAGGAUUACGAGGCAGGUAAUCAAGUGAUAGUUGACAAAGAAAAAUGGAAGUUAAUAUGUGACCAGAUUGUUGGACAAAUUAAAGCAGGAAUUCCUGCAACUUUACAGAACUGUAAUGGGGGACUUUACAUUGGAUGUGCUGGUGUGGCAUACAUGUUUUAUCGCUUUCUCGAUAAUGAUGUCUUAAAGCCAAAUGAAUCACAAUUUUCUAAUCAAGCAGAAGAAUAUUUGUCUGUGGCGCUGAAUUAUGCUGAAUCAAAACAUAACAGAUAUCCAGGGCCAUCAUUUCUUCUGGGACCUGCUGGUGUUUAUUGUGUUGCUGCUUUAUUCUUUCAUAAACAAGGUGAUAUGAAAAACCGUGACCAUCUUAUACAGCAAUUUGCCAAAUAUUCAACUGAGUGUUUAAAACUGAACUAUAUGAAAGAUGGAUCAGAUGAGUUAUUUGUUGGUAGAGCAGGCUAUUUGUGUGCAUUGUUUACCAUUAGAAAACAUACAGGUUGUCCUGUAAAAGAUUCAGUGGUUAAAGCUAUAUGUGAUACCAUUAUACAGUCUGGUAGGAACUAUUCUCAACAAAGAGGUUUAAAAAUACCAUUAAUGUAUGCUUAUUACAAAGCAGAAUGUAUUGGUGCAGCCCAUGGUCUAUCAUCUAUUCUACAAUUUUUAUUAAGAUUCUCACAGUUUUUAGAUGAAUCUAGUUUAAAUGAUGUAAGACAGAGUGUAGAUUUUAUAUUGAGUAUUGAACAGUCUAAUUUUAACUAUCCACAAUCAGUAGAUGAAAUAUCACCCCAUGGCAGACCAGAUAAUGAUGAGUUAGUCCAUUGGUGUCAUGGUGCACCAGGAGUGGUGUAUAUGUUUGCUCAGGCGUAUAAAGUAUAUGCAGAUGAAAAGUACCUAAAAGCCUGUCAACGUUGUGCUGAAUUAGUGUGGCAGAAAGGUUUACUAAGGAAAGGCCCUGGAAUAUGUCAUGGUGUAGCUGGUAGUGGUUAUGUCUUCUUACUUCUCUACAGGCUCACAAAUGAUCCAAAAUACCUUCAUCGGGCUGUUAAAUUUGCAGAAUUUUUAUCCUCAAGUGAGUUUCAAAGUGGUGCUCGAACACCAGACUCCCCUAGCAGUUUGUACGAGGGUUGGGCUGGCACUUUGUGUUUCAUUAGUGACUUGAUGCAGCCAGAAAAAGCUGAGUUCCCUUUCUUUGAUGUGUUUUAGAAAACAUUUUCAUAUGGAGCUCAUAACCAAUUAUUAUUUUAAUCAGAGUAAUCCCAUUUUAUGUGUAAUUGCUUAAAUUGCCUUGGCCAUGAUUCUACUUAUAAUAUCACUAAUAACUCAUGAGUUAAAUUUGAAUGUUAUUCUAUAAAUUAUUUACUUACUAAGAUGCUAUAUACCAGUUGUCAAUUCUAUACGGAUCAGAAUGAAGCUUGCCAGACCAGGUAAUAUACUGGCAGCUUUGAUUUUAAAUGAAAAUAUUUAGCAGUACAGUUACAAUCACCUUCAAUCAUACACUUCUUUUGAACUCUUUAGGGGGAUACUGAAUAAUGUUGAGUAUGAGUUAUUGCCCUUGUUCUUGAAAAGAGGUUCAAUUUUUAGCUCGUGAAAACUCUAGAAGGCAAAUAUUUAAUCUUCUGUCUUGUGGAGUGUUUACGAGAAAUUGUGGGCGGAGGGACGGACAUGGGUGACGGCAAUAUACGCCCCCAUUUUAUGGGGCGUAUAAAAAGGAAGCACAUUCACAAGGACAACCAAAGAGGUUGUUCAGAAUCCAGCUGGGAUGGUCGCCAUGGAUCGUCACCAUGGAUCAUUGAUUUGAUCAAUCAAAUGACAAAAAGAUUGCAUGAUUGAUGAUGUUGUCUCUGUGAUGUCAAUAAAUUUUAUCU